CUCUCUAUGGGUUAGGAUAACAUCAACCAACUCCUUUCCUCUUGCGAUGCAUCACCGAUCUCCACCCUCGCCAUCAGUCACCCAUGUCUCCAAGGAAAAGAUGGUCAUGUCUUCUUAUCAGCGAACCACCCCCGAUGCUGGAACCAAAUGGUCAAAUUCUAGAUGGUCAUGUCUUCUAAUCAGCGAACCACCACCAAUACUGGAACCAAAUGGUCAAAUUCUUCCUGAGCAUGACAAUCAGCUCGAAUGUAUCAGAUUCAAGCGCAUGAAAUCAACAUCCAACCUCGAAAGAUGUGACUCGGAAUGCGAACUCCAAAGAAUCAAACUUCGAGCCAUCAAAUGCUUAUUUCCUUUGACUCGGUUUUAUUGAAGACUUCGUCGAUGAAGAAUUGUGGGAUCGUACCAGUUGCACAUAUGAAUUUGAGCCUUUUGCGCGCGUCAUGCUUCGAUUUAGUGGCUCCAGUAGCAUAUAUUAUCGGUGUUCAUAUACUACUACUCACCGUUUUUCCGCUGUAGGUGCUUCUUUUUCUGGCUGGCUCUGGCUCAUUUUCAAUAUGGUUGACGACACAAGUGCUAUCACUAAGCAGAACAGUUGUAGAAGAUCAGACUGCUCUUAUAUAUAUGAAGUGAGAUAAAAUAUCUACACUCGAGACAAUAACAAGGCAUUGUCUUAUACUAACCAUUAGAAACAUGAAUUACAUGUUUUGAUGGAAUCGAUGUCGCUAAAUUUAGAGCUGUCAAU